GCAUCAUCAUGAAGGGCAAGGUUGUUGUUGCUGUCCUGACUCUUCUCCUAAUCUCAGCAGUUGGAACAAAAGGUAAGGCUCUGGCACGUUCCGGGAUUGAACUUCGAUGCCAGUGCAUAAGCACCCAUUCCAAAUUCAUUCACCCCAAGUUCAUUCAAAAUGUGAACCUCAUCCCAAGUGGACCACACUGCCAAAACGUCGAAGUCAUAGCUACUCUGAAAGACGGCAGAGAAGUGUGUUUGGAACCCACUGCUCCGUGGGUGAAGCUGAUCAUCAAGGCAAUUUUGGACAAGGUCAUCAAAAUCAAAGUCAGUCAACUGGCCUAUGCUUUCAAGUUGUCAUACGGGACUUUGGAAACCAAACAGCUUUACAUACUCACACCAAACUACACCCAGUAG